CGACACCCAAUACCUCAAUAGCGGUACAUUAAUCUCAAUGGCGGUAAUCCCCAAAGUCGAGAGAACACAAGUGGCCGGGACGGAACCUCGCCGCGGAUUUGGCGCGAAGGUCGGAGGUGGCGCCAAGACGAGACGCGAGCGCUGAAUGCGCCAAAGAUGGGGAUCGAUGCCCGGCCUUGAACGCGGACCGUCGGGCGGGCGACGGCGGCGGCAGACUGGGCGCCAGACGGGCCUCAAUACCACGGUCAUCGGUUGCCGCUGGAAUUGCUUCGAGGGAUGGAGGCCGCAGGGGCCUUAACCACCAAGCCAUUGCUGACUUUCAUGGUUACCUAGGCGAUUUCCACUGAACUUUCUCCCGACUUUCUAGGAUACGAGCUGACCUAGGAGGUCCAACAGACAUAACGACGACUACCACGCUUCAGACAACAUCAUGGACCACUACAGAGACGACCAAAGCAGCACCACCGUCCGGUCUUCCGCUUCCGGAUCCCGCAUGGUCGACGACGACAUGGAAGAAAAGGAAAACCUGCUCGAAUCCAACCCUCCACGCACUCUAGGGCAGCGAGCGACUACGGGACGAGGCAAAUUCGCGAUCCUGAGUCUUCCUUGUACCACCUUUUUCCUUGCCUUGUCCAACGUCCUAUUGCUAGCAACCUUGGUGGCCGUUACUUUACGGCCCAUGACAACAACAGUGCCGGUAUCUCCAACAACCGCAGAACAACCACCACGCCAAUACCCCGAACAUCCACCCUGGGAGCCCCAAGUGGAUUUCCGAACUGAGAUCUUUCGUUUCCAGACGAUUUAUGGAGCGGAACCCAGUGAGGAGGUGGAUCAGGCUUGGACUGCCAUGAUUCCUAAAGGCAAAGGCUUCAUCCUCCUCCCCAACGAGACAUCCGAAGCAUUACCAGACCUCCCGCGGCUAAAUAAAACCAACAAGCAACAACACGCCAUGAUCUCCGUUUUCCAUCAACUACACUGUCUCUACAUGACCCGCGCAGGCUACUUUGCCGCCAAAUCCGGCAACUUGGACGAAGUCAACACCCCUCAUCUGACACACUGCUGGGACUACCUCCGGCAGGGCAUCAUGUGCAAUGCCGACACCACUCUCGAAUGGAUCACGUACCCCGACGAGAGCGGGAGCACGGGGUGGGGAUAUCAGCAUACGUGCAAAGACUUUGGGGCCGUGUUUGAGUGGGCUGAGCGUCAUCGGUUUAGGGAGUGGAAGGUUAUUCAUUAGUUUGGUUCACCAGAAGAUAGGGGUGGAAAUGGAUUGAUAGAGGUGUCGAUGGGAGCAAAGGUAGAGUAGUAGGGUCGAGGUUGGGUUCAGGUGGGUUGGUACCUGCCAAGACGGUUGAGGUUGGAAUGGAAUAAUGGUGGGGUUGCGAUGAGGGAUACACCUACACCACAUGGGUUGGCUGGCCUGGUGGGUAGUACGAUCGAUCGUAUAUGAGGUGUUAAGUUAGUUGCGGGAGGGAACAUGCAGCGGGGUUUGUCUCUUCCCUUGGGUACCUCUAGC